CCGUUCAGUCAGUCGGGCGAUGCACGUCGUGGCUUCCACGACACUCCGCGGGCACUGAACGCGCGAAUCGACCCGCCGCCCGCCCAAACUUUAAAACUUAUCUUCAAUCAUAAGGUUUACAAACUAAGUACUGUUUUGGACACAAGUGUUGAUCGAUUUGAACUUUCUUCGAUGUUGUGGACUUGAGUGUUGUUUUUAAAGGAUGCACAUUUAUCAAUCAGCUGUUGCAAGAGGAGGCUUCUGAGAGGAACAUCGUUGUUUUGAAAAAGUGGUGGCCGGCAGCGCCGACGGGGCCGGUCUCGAUGGCGAUUGCGAAGACAACGUCUCGAGGCUGACCGGCCUUCCAGAACCCUUCGACAUGAACGAUAUCCCCCUCGGCAACUACGCAGUGGACACACGGAGAAUGCAACUGUACGCACACCCACAUAUACAUGCAGCGGAGCUGUCGAUACAUGCGGUGUCCACCCACGAACUUCUGAAACCGAAGGAUGAACCUGCAUACUCGCUUGCGGCUUCCACAAACCUCUGUUCAGUCAACUUACAUCAUGCAGGUACAUCCCCGUACGACAGUCGAAUCUGCCUUCAAGAGAGCAAUGACACCUCGAACCCUGGGAUCAAGGGAGAGGAAGACUUGUCCCGGGUGUACCAGACUCUCACUUUACCCUCUCUUUCCAGGGAUGAUAAUAGCUCUACAAACAGUAAUGGAAACGAAACAAAAAGCAAAGUCAAGGCCUCGCCUUCCAGUCCCGGGAGUUCAGAAAUGAAACCCCAGUCCACUACUUCGACGUCACAAGCGCUCACCAAGCCACCUUAUUCCUACGUGGCGCUCAUCACUAUGGCGAUACAGAACAGCCAGACCAAACGAGCCACUCUCAGCGAAAUAUACGCUUACAUCACCAAGGAGUUUCCGUAUUUUGAGAAAAAUAAAAAAGGCUGGCAGAAUUCCAUCAGACACAACCUCAGUCUCAACGAGUGUUUCAUAAAAGUGCCGAGAGAAGGAGGCGGCGAGAGGAAAGGGAAUUAUUGGACACUUGAUCCUCAGUGCGGGGAUAUGUUCGAGAAUGGGAAUUUCCGGCGGCGGCGCAGGAUGAAGCGGCCGUUCCGCACUACUCCGUACUCCAAGGCGUUGUUCGGCGACGGCUACCACGUGGCCCACGUGGCUCAACACGUGCCCCCACACAUGCAGCCGCUGCCACUGGGAGCGAGGAACUACUUUGGAUCCACAUCGCCGUAUCCACCUUCGUAUCCUCGAUAUGACACUGCAUGGCUGACUCAAUCGACUAGUGGUCUAGGUUACGCCAGCACUUGCGGUGCGAUGGGCCGGAGCCCCCCGGGAUGCUCGCCUCACAGCGCGAUGCCCCACCAGUCUUCACCAGUAGCCGUGAACCCGUUCGCCCCACAUCAGUUACAGGGCCAGUUACAGAAUUCUCUUCAGCCCAUGCAGUCUUUACCUAUGAACAGCUAUAAUUCUCUCGGAGUAACAGCCUUAGAUGGUUCCCCAAGUCCGGGCCCUGGGUACGCUCCUUCCUCAGGAGGGUACUCUCCGAGUCGGCACCACGAUGUCGUGACGUCGUCAGAUACAGCUGUUUCUAGAUUCUCUUUCUGGCCUGAGGGUGGGUCUCCUAGUCCCAAUGCUGGGUACGUUCCAAGUAGCAGUUUCUCCCCCCCUCGCCGCCACGAGGUGACGUCAUCAGACGCUGCGGCAGGCGCACGCUUUACGUUUUGGCCUGAUGUUGGAGUUAAAGAAGAAGCUUCAUCAAGCCUCGUGUCUAACGGGCCCCCGUAUUCAAAAUAUUUUAUGUAAAGCCAAAGUUGGAGGGAAACAAGACUAGAUAUCCAUUUUACGCGCUCAGUGAAUAUGAGAUGUAGUGGACUUUUCGACUGUAAUUUAAAAAAAUGUAGUGAUCAAUGUAUAAAAAUGUAAGUUUAAGUCGAUUGGAUAUUUGAUAAUAGGGUUGCCAUAUAUGUAAUUCUGUUAUAUGUGGUUAAGUUAUCGCUUUAAUAAAAUUGUUUCAUGAUUAUAUCGCACUGCGAAUAUUCGCUGUUUUGAUUUUUUUUCAGAUAAUUAGUUAAUUCUUUUUACUCUAGGGGACAACAGCUUUAUUAGGCAACACUCAGUGAUAUUUUAAAAAUGUCAUCUUAAGGAUAAAUAUAUCUUAAUGUAAGCUACCAUUGAUUAUUCGGCAGAAAAUUUACAUACCUACUGAUUUUUAGUCGUCAUGACUAAAAAGAAACACAUGUUUAGAGGACAUAGCCACCUUCUAAAAAAUAUUUACAGCUUGAUGUUGAAUAAAAAAUAAUUUAAAAAAUUUCAUUAUAUAAAACGGUUUUGAUCCAAUUUGAUCUCGAUAAUUCAAGUUAGAAGUUGAUCAGGAAUCGCUGUAGUAGUUUGUGGUAACCCUAAUGUGCAGAAUAAAUGUUUAUCGAUACGUUAUGGUGGACGGGUAGCCCACCGUGAAUUAGUUGUAAUUGGAAAAUGUAUUUGCGUCUCUUACAUACAUACAUACAUAUAUAAAAUCACGCCCUUUUUUCGGAUGUAUAUUAUGUAUGUGUAUUUUUAAUUGUUCUUCCAAAUACUGUGUAAGUGACGUAUCUAAUGACAAAAGAACGUUCAUUUUAUCUAAUGUACUUACCAGUGCCCGUGGCGUAUCGAUUAAAAGUUAAAAAAUGUUGUAUUUCGUGGUAUCUAUGUGCAGCAAAUGAUUUGUUAUACCUACUUUAUCGUGUUCGUCAAUAUUUGUGAUGUGAAUCAAGAUGCUAUGUAAAGAUAAUUGUUGAUGUAUAAAAUGAU